UAGAGCUCUCUGGGCUUUUUUUCUGUUUGUUUCUUGGGAUUCUGAUCAAAUCGUUCAUGGCAAGGUCGAGAAAUAAGAACAUACAUGCCAAGCUGGUACUUCUUGGGGACAUGGGAACUGGGAAAACGAGCUUGGUACUGAGAUUUGUUAAAGGCCAAUUCCUGGAUUUCCUGGAAUCGACAAUUGGGGCAGCUUUCUUCACUCAGGUUUUCUCACUCAAUGAAGCCACCAUGAAGUUCGAUAUAUGGGACACGGCAGGCCAAGAGAGAUACCAUAGCUUGGCUCCUAUGUACUAUCGCGGUGCAGCCGCUGCCGUCGUAGUCUACGAUGUCACAAACACGUUCGAGCGAGCCAAAAAAUGGGCUCGGGAGGUGCAGAGACAAGGAAAUCCAAAUUUGAUAAUGUUCUUGGUAGCAAACAAGGUUGACUUGGAAGAAAAGAGAAAAGUGGGAACUGAGGAAGGUGAGCUAUAUGCCAAAGAAAAUGGCUUGACAUUCCUCGAAACAUCAGCAAAGACCACACAUAACGUCAACUACCUCUUCUAUGAAAUCGGUAAUACCGUGUUUAAUAUGACGUUCACCUUCUUCUGUGAUGCAAUGAGAAGAUCAUUACCCUCUGACCUUCCUUCUUACACUUGCAUACUAUCUCGCAGCAAAGAGAUUGGCGAGAGCUACUCCUUCUAG